AUGUUGGAAUCAAGAAAGAGGCCCUUGCCAGACGAUGGAGAGGUUGCUCAAGCAAAAAAGCGGGUGUUAACGAGCACGAGUGGGAGCCCGGAGGUCAACGGCUUGAAUGCUAAUUACGACGCAGAAGAACCUGCAGACAACCACCAGUUAGAGCUAUUUCGAAAGGAGGCCAUCUUCAGGCGUAUGAGGCACUACUCGAGAGAGAACGAGCGGAAUCAGGCGCGCAUAGCUCAACUGGAACAGAGAAGAAGCUCGUGCGAGGCAGGUCUAGUAGCUAUUGCCGCAUGCUGGAAGCAGUUGGUAGAUACUGUUCAAACCCUGACGCCACCAGAGGAACUUCCAGCCGUCGAAAUCGAUACGAAAGAUAUUUUUGAUUUGUCACAGCACAUUUCAACUGACUCGAGCCUCAAAGCUGCACUGGAGAAGAACAUGCCUACAACCGAAAAACUAAUUGCAAGUUUCAUGAAGCUAAAUCCGGCCACCUUCAAUGAUAAGGCAUAUCAACGCAGUCAGACAUCACAGACCGAGUAUGUUGCUCUUCGCUCCGAGAUAGCACUGCUGCAGCAGAGGCUUGACGAGGUCCAGUCAGAGAAGGAGCAACUUCACGACGACCUUAUUGCUGCGGAGAUCAAGUUAGACCGUAUGCAAAGUGGCACUGUUGCAGCCAUGCAGACAAAAGGCGGGGCAAAGGAUGAGGCAAACCCGGACCAAUCAUGCCCAGCGGAAGGAAGCACCCCAAAUCAUGGGUCAUCAACUCCACCACCGCCUCAAAUAAAUGGUCAUAAUGAUUCAUCCCUGUCAGAUAUCGAAGCUUGUCGAUUGGAGCUCAAAAUUUCCUCCGAACGUGCAAGUAAACUAGAGGCAGAAAUUAGGAUCCAGGCGGAGACCAUAGCGAAGCUCGAGGUUGAGGUUUUCGAAAUGGUCUCUGGGACUGUGCAUUACAAGAUACUAUCUGAGCGUAGGGAUCAGCUGGAGCACAUGAAAGCUGAGAACGAUAGCAGAAUAGGACGGUUGGACGUCACAAUACGAGACCUGCAAUCAAGUCGGACACAAUUUGAGGAGGAGACUCGGGCUUCUGCGCAACAAAUGAACCAAGAACUCAAAGUUGUACUUGCUAAGCGGGAUGCAGAUCUCACUCGCCUUCGCGACCAACGUGAGCUGCUGCAUGCCGAAUUAAAUGAACUUAGAAGUCGUGAAAAUAUAAAAUAUCAGUCAUCUCGGGAGCUCAAGGCCCUCGCCGAAUCACGAGCGGAGAGGGUGACGCAACUUGAGUCGGAGGUCAGGAGACAUAAGGCGAAAUUAGCUGCGCAUGCCGGUAAUGAAGAUCUCAUGAAGCAUUUCUGGGAGGGAAAAGUUGACGAUCUUCAAUACGUGGAUGGUCUUCGGAGGAAACUGAUUGAAACCGAAUCAAAGCUCACCGCACUUCAGCAAUCCAUGUCCACCAUACAAGAAGAGCAACCUGAUAUUGCACGUCAUAUUACCUCAGAAGCAGCUACCCGAGAAGAGCUUGCUGCCGUCACGACAGAAUUAUCACGGUAUCGAUCUCUCCUUGGAGAUCCGUCUUCUUCAGAUCUCGCCAGGCAAUUGCAAGCGAAGGAAGAUGAGCUCCAGAAAAUGCGACUUCUUACAGUACAACAUCAGCAGGCGGAGGACCCAAUUUAUGCAGAGAUGGAAAGGCUUUCGGGUGCAUGGGAGGCUUUGGAUGGGCAAUUAAAGAAUAAGGUGAUGAGCUUAACAGCGGCAGAGGAAAAGAUCGCUAAGAGCGCACACGAGAAAGCGAAGGCGGAUAACAAGUACUUUGCAGCCAUGCGCGACAGGGAAUCAGUCGAGAUUGAGCGGAAAAACGCCAUCCGGAACCUCGAGAAGCAAGCCAAGGUUGUCGAACGAUUAGUUGAUAGCGAGAAAAACCUGCAACAACAAAUAGUGCGUCCUUUUUCUUUGCAUUCUGUCUCUCCUUCGUUUCUUACUAUCGUCAUUUUGACUCAGGGUCAUCUCGAAGCAGCCAACCAGCGUCUGCAUCGAGUGAUGGAUGAAGCAGAAACAAGAUUCAAUGUUCGAAAGAUCGCUGACGAAAAAUACGCUCAUAUCCACCACCUCAAGGGCUGUCUAUUCAAGAGGGAUGACGACCUAGCUCGUAUGAAAGCCGAGGUUAAUAAACUCCGUGUUGAGAUGAAGAAGUUGAAAUCUGCUUCAGCAAGUGAAAAGGAAGCAGACCUUAUGGAAGAGGCUGCGUCUGUCUGGAGGCUCAUUAAAUGUUCGACAUGCAAAGAAAAUAUGCGCGGAGUUGCUCUCACCAAGUGCUCGCACACGUUUUGCAAACAAUGCGUCGAGGCGAGGAUCUCGACACGUCAGCGGCGGUGCCCACAUUGUAAUUCAGGCUUUGCACAGAGUGAGGUAGUGAACGUCCUCUUCCAAUGA